AGAUGACCACAGUCACCCCUUUGGGGGCUACCACCUUUUUCUCAUUGAACAUGACCACCAGGGGAGAAGACUUCCUGUAUAAGAGUUCGGGCGCCAUCGUCGCUGCCAUUGUGGUGGUUGUCAUUGUCAUCUUCACCGUGGUUCUGAUCCUGCUGAAGAUGUAA